UAGUUUUCCCACUCCGCUAGAAAAACCUUCCCUUCUUCACCGCCAACGCCGCCUUCCAACUCAAACUCGCCCCUCUGUCAGCUCCCUAACCGGCUACCGGCGAUCUCCUCUUCAUUACUGCUAAUAUUUAUCAUUCAUCCCCAGAAUUUUCUCAGCACAAUCGCGAAGUUUCGAUUGCAAAGAUGGCCGUGGCAGAAGAAAAAUUCGACCUUUCCGAGCUAAAAGCAGCCGUUAAUGGCGGCGGGGGAGGUGUGGAAGAAGAAGAAGUAGAAGAGGAAGAAGAUGUUUCGUCGUCGUCGGACUCGGAAAUCGGAGACGCACUGGACUUGUUGGACUCGAAGGACGACGACUAUGGAUUCGAAUCCGGUUUCACGCUCAACUCGAGGCGUCCCAACGCUCAUGGAGGGAUUCACUCUCGCCAUAACUCCUCAACUCUUCAGCCUCUCUCGAAUAAGAACCAGAAGUUCUCCAAAAAUAUCCGCGCUUCGCCUCUCGAGGAGUGGGAAGGGAGGUUGAACGUGGGCAUGUCGAACUCGGUCACGACGGCGAUUCGCGAGAGUGUUCGGGACAUGGCGAUAGGCAAAACGAAAACCACCGAGAAAGCUGACCGGGCGACUGUUGAGCAGGCAAUUGAUCCUAGAACUCGGAUGGUUUUGUUCAAGAUGUUGAAUCGUGGUGUAUUUCAUGAUAUUAAUGGGUGCAUUUCAACUGGUAAAGAAGCAAAUGUUUAUCAUGCAACAAAAUCUGAUGGCCAGGAACUGGCAAUUAAAGUAUACAAAACUUCUGUUUUGGUAUUUAAGGAUAGAGAUCGAUAUGUACAAGGUGACUAUCGAUUCAGACAUGGAUACUGCAGGCACAACCCCAGGAAAAUGGUGAAAACUUGGGCUGAGAAAGAGAUGAGGAAUCUUUUGAGGCUAAAGGCAGCCGGGAUACAGUGUCCAACUCCAUUACUUUUGAGACUUCAUGUUCUGGUGAUGGAAUUUAUAGGAAAAUCGGGUUGGGCUGCACCUCGUCUUAAAGAUGCCGCUUUAUCACUAGACAAGCUACGUGAAGGUUAUUUGGAGAUGAUAAUUGCCAUGAGGACAUUAUAUCAAAAGUGCAAACUGGUGCAUGGAGACCUCAGUGAAUAUAACAUACUUUAUUAUGAGGGUCACUUGUAUAUUAUUGAUGUUUCGCAAUCAGUCGAUCUGGACCAUCCUCAUGCCCUCGAUUUUCUGCGUGAAGAUUGUGUUCAUGUUUCUGAUUUUUUCAAGAAACAUGGUGUAGCUGUUAUGACAAUCCGAGAACUAUUUGAUUUUAUAGUUGAUCCUUGUAUUGCUGACGAAGCUGUGGAUAGUUAUCUUGAAGAGAUACAACAAAAAAUUAUGUCGAGAGAUGUAUCUGCAGAGGAUGAAAUUGCAGACUCCGUAUUUGUGCAGUCAUAUAUUCCAAAGACAUUGGAUCACGUGAAAAAUGUUGAGGAGGAUGUAAUACGGCUGACUAGUGGUCAGGACACCGGGGAUAUGUACUAUAAGACUAUUACCGGACUAAAGCAGGCUCUUUCUAGAGAUCAACCGGCUUUGGUCGAGAAACAACAGAAGCAGCAGCCUGAGGCGAAUGUCGUUGAAGAUUCAACGGCCAAUCCAUCUGGUCAUUCUAACCUGCCUGAGAUUGAGUCAGAAUCUAGUGCAGAUGAGGAUGAAGAAAACUCGAGAGAUUUUGAAGAGAGUUCUUCAUCUGAAACCGAGUCACAUGCUCCUGUUGAUAGGAAAACUGCUAGAAAAGAGAACAAAAAGAAGGUCAAAGAAGAGAAAAGGGAGGCUCGGAAGAAUAAGGUGCCCAAGGCUGUGAAGAAGAGAAAGCAAAAGUUGGCAAAAGCCCACAAGACAAGGUAGCUGUUUCCCUAUUAAAUGGCUGCACUUAAGAUUAGCUAUUUUGGUAAUGGCCAUGUAAAAGCUAAAUGGACAAAGAAUUGAGCAGUUUUUUCGUUGUUUGAUAAUUAUCAAUUGAGCAUUCAAUUUUGGUAACUUAAGCAAUGUGUGUUGUCCGUUUAUUCUUGCCUCUUAAUGCUUCUUGGGUAGAGUGAAAGGUAUAGAGAUCCAUAAAAGACAACAAACUGCGGAAUCAAAUUUUGAAGUUACAA